GUUACAGAGUGUGCAACAGAUUUUAAGUGAAUCAGCCGCUUCAAGAAAAACACGCACACACACACACCCCCAUCAAAUUAGCAGCCAUGACUUUGGUAGCAAAUGAAGAUUUCCAGCACAUUCUGCGUGUGCAGAACACAAAUGUUGAUGGAAAACAAAAGAUCAUGUUUGCAAUGACAUCAAUCAAAGGUAUUGGUCGUCGUUUCUCCAACAUUGUUUGCAAGAAGGCUGAUGUUGAUAUGAACAAGAGGGCUGGAGAGCUUUCAAGUGCUGAGAUUGAUAAUCUCAUGACCAUUGUUGCUAAUCCCCGACAGUUUAAAAUCCCAGAUUGGUUUCUUAACAGAAAAAAGGAUUACAAGGAUGGCAAAUACUCCCAAGUCACCUCCAAUGCCCUUGACAUGAAGCUCAGGGAUGAUCUUGAGCGAUUGAAGAAAAUCAGGAAUCAUCGUGGUCUUCGUCACUACUGGACCCUGCGAGUACGUGGACAGCACACCAAGACUACUGGUCGUAGGGGUAAGACUGUUGGUGUGUCUAAGAAGCGAUAAGCGAGUUUCUGUUUUUGUUCUAGAAAACCCUUCUUUAAGUCUCCUAAACAUAUCGGCUUAGAAUGCAGGGGAGAUUUUUUAUGUUAUGGUUUGUACUGUUUGGGAUGUUGAUGGUGGCAAGUUUCUAGGAUGAUUUAUCAUGAGUUUGUUGUUUC